UCUCCAUUUUCAAACUCAUAGAGGUUACAUCAGAAACCCCACCAAUGCAUCAUCAAUCUCUCAUCGUUGGCCAUGCCAAGAACAAUGAUACAAGUGAUAUUGAAUCCAUUGAUGAAAGAGUUAGAGAAGAUGCACAUCAAAAUCUACCUUCUUCAAUUCUCAACAAAAAGCUGGUUUUGCAUGCUGAUCAAAAGUCCAUCACUAACAAGAGGUACAUGCCCCUUUUGGUGAUUAAUUACCUAUUGCUCUUUGUGGGUUCACUCUCUUCAAGUUUGCUUUCUAAAUAUUAUUUCAACCACAAAGGUUCAAGCAAAUGGGUUUCAACUUGGGUUCAGUGUGCUGGCUUUCCUCUCUUGGUCAUCCCAAUUUGUCUUCCUUAUAUCUUUAGUUUCACUAAAAGAAAGCCUUUCACUGAUUUUAAUCCAAAAGUGUUAUUUUUAUCAAUUUUUGUUGGUAUUAUGUUAGGGCUUAAUAAUCUUCUGAUCUCAUGGGGAGUUGCUUAUCUUCCUGUCUCAACCUCAGCUCUUGUGCUAUCAACCCAACUUGCUUUCAAUCUUAUUCUGUCUGCCAUUAUUGUGAAACAAAAAAUAACCUUUUCAAACCUUAAUUGUGUAAUCCUUCUUACCUUGGCCUCCAUCAUUCUUGCCUUGGAUUCUAGUCAUGAGAGACCAACUGGGAUAUCCCAAAAGGAAUACUUCAUUGGUUUUUGUUGCACAAUUGGAGCAGGUUUGUUGUUUGCAUUAUAUUUGCCAGUGAUGGAGAAGGUUUUUAAGAAGGUGUAUUGUUAUGAAAUGGUAAUGGAAAUGCAGCUUAUAAUGGAGUUUUCUGCAACAACAUUGGCCACCAUAGGCAUGAUAUGGGAUGGUGGAUUUUCUGAAAUGAAGGAAGAAAGCCAAAGAAUUUUUGAUAAGGGAUCCACUGUUUAUUGGGUAACUAUUAUGGCAACCAUAGUGACUUGGCAAUUUUGCUUUAUGGGCACUGCAGGAAUGGUCUUUCUGACAUCUUCACUAACUGGGGGGAUUUGCAUGACAGCAUUGUUGUCCAUGAAUGUGUUAGGAGGUGUGGUUGUGUUCAGAGAUGCCUUUGGUGGUCUAAAGGCAGUGUCAACUAUUUUGUGCAUUUGGGGAUUUUGCUCUUAUGUCUAUGGCAUGUACAUCAAAAUGGUGGAAGAGAAAGCUCGAAUGAGGCACAGGAAUGAAUCAUCUACCGAGUUGAUCCCUGGGGGGAAUCAUGGUUGAACUCAUUGAACUAUAUAUAGCAGUGUUAUUAAAAUACUAGGUUAUAGAUGAUAUCUAUAUCUAGAAUAUAUAAUGUAAUAAAUAUAAGAAUGGAA